UACUACAAAAUAUUGUUGUGAACUCUAAUACUUCUUCUAAAGAAAAACACAAAGGAAGAUCAACAUGGCAUUUGGAUUUCCUGGCUUUGCUCAGGGUAAAAAGGCUCUCCGAAGAUCACUUUCAGGCAUUAAAGAAGCAACUUUAAAGUCUGCAACCAUUCCAAAAAGAUGCUUUGCUGUCUAUGUCGGAGAAGAUCAAAAGAAGCAUUAUGUAGUACCUCUUUCGUACCUAAAUGAGCCUGCAUUUCAAGACUUGCUGAGCAUGGCAGAAGAAGAAUUCGGAUAUGAGCACCCAAUGGGUGGACUCACAAUUCCUUGCAGAGAAGACAUAUUCAUUGACAUCACAUCUCAGUUGAAUUGAUUGUAAUUUGUAGUACUGAACAUAGAUUCACAGAAAACCAUUUUGUAGAUCAUAUACUUUUACCCUUCUUGUUUUAGUUAAAAAAGGGAAUUUUUUUGACUAGUUAUGAAACUAGCAAAUAGAAAGAACUCAUUUGAUUAAUACUUGUCCUCUUUUCGGUUGAGUUCCAUUUUUCUUG